AUGACAGCCUUCAUGGGCCUUGCGCGUAGGCAGCCCAUCAUCAUUGACACAGACCUAUUUGGCGACGUUGAUGACGCUAGUGCUUUGGCCGUGGCCAAUGUCCUCCACAACUGCGGCCUUGCGGACCUCAGGGGUGUUGCAAUCAACACGCACUCAAAAUACGGUGCGCCGGCAGCCAGUGCCAUUUGCUCGUACUUUGGGAACAGUCAUGUCGCGAUCAGUGCUAUUCGUCCCCUGACGAAUGAAACGUUCUUCGACGACUGGCAGUACUUACGAGGCGAGUAUGCCAGCAAAGUAGCAUAUAAUUGGCCUGGCGCGGUCAAAGACGCUUUCCAGACCAACACUCCUGUGAGCAUGUACAGGUCGAUUCUCGCUGCUGCCGACAGCCACAGCCUGCAUAUCAUCUCCAUUGGAUUCCUCACCAAUCUCGCCGACGUACUUCGAUCGACGGCCGAUUCAAUCAGCCCACUCUCAGGCACACAACUGCUAGAGGCCAAGGUCAGCGAGCUGAUCGUGAUGGGUGGACAGUACCCUUCAGGCUGGGAGUACAACUUCGGAGGUGGUGAUCCUGAGAGCACUGCGUACGUGCUUGCCAACUGGCCUCGAUCCGUAUCAAUCACUUUCUCGGGAAACGAGCUCGGCGGCAACAUCUAUUCUGGUCGUGAAGUCCUCGAGAGAGCUCCGGCAGACUCGCCCGUGCUUGCAGCUUACGAAUGGUACGUUACUCGCGGAUCCGUCACUCGCGAGACUUGGGACCCGGUUACCACUCUAUACGGGAUCGUGGGGAUGAGAGGAUUUCAGAAGCUUGGGGUGGCUCCUCUUCUACGAUAUGGAAACCGAUUUGGAUACAACAAGAUCGUUUCCAGCAAUGGAUCGAAUGCGUGGAUAAACGACACCAGCGUCAGGAACCAGCACUGGUUGGAGUUGGGCUACGGCGUCCAAAACACAACCAUGGCGGACCUGAUCAACAACUUUCUUGUCCACCCUCCUUCUGUGCGGAUAUGCCUGGUCUAG